UCCAUCUGACCCUGGUCUCCUCUGUCGGUACCGGUAUAUAAGGACGCUGUAGGCCUGGUGAUCGAAAAGUGAUUUGAGGAGAAAUCCAGUGUUUCCUGGUUACGGUUUCCAGCGACGCGCAAAUGCGUGACGUCGCAGCAGAUGCGCUCGAACUCGUGAACGUGAACUGUCGGUUCGAGAGCGAGAGACACCGAGAGACAAUCCCAAACAGGAAGGAUGCGCUGAGCGGUCAAUGCACGGACUUCUCUCUCUCUCUCUCUGUCGUGAUGGAAACCCGUUCGAUUUAAGUCUGCUCGGUGAGAUGAUAAUGUGAAAAGCAAGAACAGCGAUGACGGAUGUGGAGCCUGUUGUCACUGACUUCGCUGCCACAGGAAGGACUGGCCGACGAAACGCCAUGCCAGACAUUUUAGGUUCCAACUCAGGACCUGAAGCAGCAGACCUUCCAAACAAACUAGCUGAUCUUGCAGUUGAAGAUGAUGCUGAACAUGGAAGAGAAGGUUCAUCCUCAAGUGACCCAGCCAAGGACCCUGCCACAGGAAAGGACCAAGCAGAAGGGACAUAACUUAACCCAUAACAGCCUGAACCAAACUGAACCUUAAAAGACAGCAGAGCAGCACCACAAUCAAUCUUUCCUUUUGUCUCCAUGACCAAACUACUGUUAUGGUUGCAGUCUGUGCUAUGCAAGAUCAGCUUCAGUGGAGGAUAUUAUUUUGAUGUAAGCUAAUAGAGAAGCACACCCAUCUGCUGUUGGAAAUACUUUGGUUUUGACAGAAUCAAAACAGGCAGAAUCAAUAAUUUCCCACCUGAGUUAUGUUCUUGUGGCACAAAGAAUAUCUGUGUCUGAAUGUCUUAGAGACAACCAUAUGAUAUUUUCCUAGUUUAAAAAGGCACCAUUGGAUGUAUUUUUUACUUCUAUAUAAACUUGAAGAAUGUCUAGUUUCAAUACAAAAUAAAUAUAAUUUCAUUUGGUCAUGUAAGUCCAACUUAGACUUCAAGAAUGUGGUUGAUCAUCUAUUUUGUAAUAUUUAUUUUCUAUGAGUUUUUGUCAACGUUUUAAUGAAUAAAUAUGGAACUCUUAUUUAUUAUUCCUGGCUUUUCAUUGUCCUUAUCAACUGUUGUUGAAUGUUACACUUUAUUUAAUUGUAUUGCAAGUCCUGUAGGCAUCAGGUUUUAAUGAUUUGAUGGUGUAGCAAAUGUAAUUUUUCCUCUGUGCACUGAAAAGUGAACCAAAAGAAAAAAAAAGAAGUAAAAAAACACUUUCAUGAACCUUUUGCAUUUAAAUGAAUCUUUAAUUAUGCUUUAUAAAGAUGCAUUAUUUUGGCUUCAUUGU